CCCCACUGUACUGAGAAAAAGCUGAAAAUCCUUGUAACUCGCAGCCACCCAUCUGCUCUCUCUCUCUUUUCCGCGGAUUUUAAGAGGGGAAGGGAAAAGGCAGAGAGCGAUUUCAGAGGCCGAAAGCGAAACCCUAACCCUAGAAAGAGCAGAAAGAAGGAAGGAAGAAAUGGUGGUGGAAAAGGAAGAUCUAGGGUUGAGCUUGAGCUUGAGAUCUUCUGAGGAUCACCGUCCCUUGCAGCUGAAUCUCAUGCCUUCGACGGCGAUAGCGUCUACUGCUGCUCCGCCUUUCUUGAUGCAGAAAAGCCCGUGGAAUGACGUUUUCGCCUCUGCAGGCGAGACGCGAUUAUUCCUGAGAGGGAUCGACGUGAAUCGGAUGCCAUCCGGAGACUGCGAGGAGGAAGCGGGCGUCUCCUCUCCGAACAGUACUCUCUCAAGCGUGAGCGGGAAGAGGAGCGAACGGGAUCCGAGCGGUGAAGAGAUCGAGAUCGACAGGGCUUGCUCUCGAGGAAUGAGCGACGAUGAAGAUGGAGGAGACGCUUCUUCAAGGAAGAAGUUGAGGCUGUCGAAAGAUCAGUCCGCCGUGCUCGAAGAAAGCUUCAAGGAGCACAAUACUCUCAAUCCUAAGCAAAAGCUGGCGUUAGCGAAGCAACUGAAUCUUCGUCCCCGACAAGUAGAAGUCUGGUUCCAGAACCGCAGGGCCAGGACGAAGCUGAAGCAGACGGAGGUGGACUGCGAGUUCCUAAAGAGGUGCUGCGAGAACCUGACAGAGGAGAACAGGAGGCUGCAGAAGGAGGUUCAGGAGCUGAGGGCUCUCAAGCUCUCCCCACAGCUCUACAUGCACAUGACUCCUCCCACAACACUCACCAUGUGCCCUUCCUGCGAGAGGGUUGCCCUCUCCCACUCCUCCACCACUACUUCCCACCCUCGUCCCCACUUCCCCAUAUCCUCCCCCUGGGGUGCUCCCCCUCCUCGCUCUUAAUAACUUUCCACCAAAUGAGGAUAGUUUGAUCAUUUGGCACGGUCCCUCCUUUCUCUCCCCUCGCUAAUGAUAUGCUACCAUUCUCUAUGCUAACAUCUUAGGUUGUAACCAAUCUUCUAAAAAAAAAAUGAAUAAAAUCUUAGUUUAAAAACCCCCGGUGAGAGGCCUAGAAGUGUAAGUGAGAUAGCGACGCUACC